AUUUCAACCCAGAGUUACAGACCUUCUCCUUUAUUGGUAGGGUCUGCUUCCAGUUCUAGCCCUCACUCUUCACGGCAGGAUGAGUCGCAGGCUGACCAAGUUGCCGUUGCUAAAGAAGAAGGACAGCAAGGAGUCCAACCUUCAGGUCAAUCGUGACCAGCAGCAGUGGGACCGCCAGGUAGCCCAUUUCUCUGGCUCCCACCCAUCCACUUCCCAAGACGCAGCCACUCGGAGAACCACGCAGCUCCUGCCUCUGCUUGUGAAGUCUUCCGCAGCUCCAACGCAGGCCAGGAAGAGGGUUCAGCUUCCAGCGCUGGUGCUCCCCGACCUGGGCCAAAGGACAACCCUGAGGACCACUCCAGGGACUGCUCAGGCGGACGACCAGCAAGGCGAGAAAGAGCCCGUGGCCUUGCCAAGGGUGCCGGAGAGGGAAAGCUCUCAGAGGAGCAGCCUAUCCCAGGGGAGAAGGCCUUCCAAGGCCCUCCUGCCUUUAUAUCCAGAACUCUCCGACCAAUGUUUCCAAACCUUCUGGGAGAGCAAGGAGCCACUGAACGGCAGAUCUGUGACAGAGAUGUUGGAGCAGAUGGAUGAAAAGGAAAUACUAGAUACCAUCCUGGAGCAUCUUCGUCCCUCCCUGCAUAUUUCGCUUUACAAAUACUACGGGGUGAAACUACGCAACUCGAGACAGAAAGACCUGGUCAAGGAACAACUGAAAAGUCUUCUAGGUUUUUCAUUUCAAGAAGAAACAGACAGAGAAGGAAUCUCUGAAGCCAUCGGAGUGGUUGCCUUUUGCCAUCUUCCUGAGAUCCUGGUGGCCCUGAGGCAGGUUGGCCACUUUGUGCGUGCAAAGAAACCUGCUCUGCAAGAAGCCCCCUUUCAGGACCCACACUCUUGUUUUGAGAGACAAAUUCGCACAGCCGUGAUCCUGUGCUAUGGCCACGCAGCCCUGGGAGCCCAGCCAGAGGACCUGAUGCCUUUAGCGGAACACAUUGUCUCUGAGAUUCUCUUCCAGUAUUGGACCAGGAACAAGGAUGAAGCCUUGACGAAAGCGUUCCUGACGUCCGUGAUCAGGAUCACCAAGGCUCUUGUCCAGACCAAGAGUCAGGAUGUCCAUUUACCCCACAAAUCUGAACUGGCCCUCAAUAUAAAUGAAGUCAUUGAAAAUGAGCCCGUGAGUCCCUUGUCCGUCAGAAUUCUUCAUCAAGCGAUCAUCGCAAUCACCUGCAUGACUCGUUUGAAGCCUACAUUGAACACUGAGGUGAUGUCUAAGUUGGUGAACACAAGCAUCCAGAAGGUGUUUUCCCUGCCAGCUAUGACAAUGACCAAAGUGAAUGCAGGUAGCCCAAACCAGUCAACCUAUACUCAGGACCUUUACCACCGGACGGUGACCGCCUGCAGCGCCAUGCUCACCAGCUUGCUGUCGGAGGCUCCCAAUUUGGAUUCCCUGCAGGAGAUCUUGAUGCACACAAAUAUCUGGAUUGAAUCUCCCAAGAUUCACGAGAGAGAGAGGGCCAUUAAAAGCACCUGGUACCUCCUGAAGUUUGUUUCUGAACAGACAGAUUUCGACACCACAGCUGACUUUUAUCUGCUGGGGCAGCUGGUGGCGUUGCUGGGCCUGCACAUUGGUGACAGUGUCAAAGAAAUUGGCCAGACCUCUGCGGAGGCCACUUACCACCUCCACUGCAUCAUCCUGAACAAAAUGGCUCAAGAGAUGGAGAAGAAGCCCAAGAACAGGAAGGGGCAUAAUGUAACCUGGGCCAAAGAGGAUUUCCUCAAUUCGGGCCCAGGAAUAUUUUACAAAGACAUCUACAAAAUGGCUAAGGCCUUUGGUGAGCAUCUCUCCCCCAUAAACAUCACAGACCUGAUGCUGAAAAUAAUUGAGGCUCUCACACAUGAGGAGAAGACCAUUUGCCACUCUGCUGGAAUACCCAAGAUCCUCAGGGAAAUUUACCAUCGUCUCCCCAACAUCAGUGAACCGGCCACGAAAGAAAACACCCUGAAGUCCGUGUGUCACCUGGCAUCUAAAUGGGUGAAAGAAGUGGUGGACUUUCUCCUGGAACGCUCCCCGGAUUGCGAUCAACGUCCAGGAGAGAUUUUUGUCUUGUUGUGUAAGACUGAAGAUGGUGACCCUGAAGACACAGAUAAGCUUCCAGGGUCCAAUUAUGUCGCUGGCGGGCCCAUCAGGGCUGAAUGCCACCCUGGAGGUGAAUUCUUUGAAGAAACCAAAAUAGCGUCCGGAACCGGCGAGAGAAAGGCGGAGAGCUUCGCGUUUGCCACCAUUUCCAGCAGAUCAUCGGAGACAGGAGUCAGCAGUUUCAGGAAGCAAGCAACCGGUCCAGAUCGUAAGAAAAAUGGAGUCCUCAUGUCCUUGAGGUUCUUACUGAUCGCAGUCCAGGGAGUACUCCAGCAGGUGGUCCACCACCUGGUUUACCUGUUUUGA